AUGGGUGGUUGUGCUGCACCAAAUUGUUCGAAUCAGUCUAAAAAUAACUUUAGGAUGUUUCGUUUCCCUAGAAAUGAAGAAAGACGAAGAAAAUGGAUAGUUAAUUCUCGUCGAGAUCAAUGGAUCCCGGGCCCAGGAGCGUAUCUUUGUGAGGUACAUUUUGAAGAAAAUCAAUAUGAAUGCUCUAGGCAAGAUGGACGUAAAAAACUAAAGCCCAAUGCUGUGCCAACUCUUUUCAAUGUGCCUAAUCCUCCACAACUGUUGACUCCACAGCAUCUGAAAGGCAUUGGUUUACUAAAGCAUCAUUCAGUGACAUCCAAUUUUUGUAAUGUAAAAAAAGGUCUUUUAGAUCGUCUCAAGGAGGGCAUUGUUAUAGGUGAUGGUGGAUUUGUGUUUUCAUUAGAAAAACGAGGUUACGUCAAAGCAGGACCGUGGACUCCAGAAGCAGCUGUAGAACACCCAGAUGCUGGCACAUCUAGAGGAGUAUGCUUAUUUUGGAUGAAGAUGGACUUUCACUCAUCUUUUGUUCAUAUAAAUUAUUAGUUUCUUCAACUAUUAUGUUCAUUAGAUAAUAAAAAAAGG